AUUUGGCUCUCACAAGAACAGACGAGCCUGUUCCGAUGAAUGCCCGGCAAAAGUCCACACAAGAAAGCAUAUUGAUCAAGGGCCUGCAGUCUCUGGACGUCUGAAUAAACCUCUGGCGGACUUUCAGCUGCUCACCUUUUUCUGGAUCUUUCCUCUGAAUCAUCUCCCGAUAUCGUGCUGAGCUAUUAGUUAGCUUAGCUAUGAGCUAUUAGUUAGCUUAGCUAUGAGCUAUUAGUUAGCUUAGCUAUGAGCUAUUAGUUAGCUUAGCAUGCUAGCUGGAAACAGACCGAAGUUAGAAACACAGCGCUAGUCCGAGGUUAACGGAGAGAAACGGCGUUUUUAACGGGGUUUAUUUGGAGGAAACGUCUGUGAUUCAGUGAAGAUGUCUGAAGUCCAUGUGCUGAAAUAUUUAGUGAAGCAGCGACUCGCUGAGACCGCUGAAGAGAUAUUUGGGCUGUUUGAAAGAACAAUAGCAGAGUACGAGGAGGAAGCUUCUAGAUUAAAAGAGGACAACGAGCGACUGAAGAAACAUCUGCACGCUGUUUUGUACCCUGAAGUCCGCAUACAAAGAGCAGACCUCCAGCAGCUUCUUGUGAUUAAGGAAGAGCAGCAGGAGGAUCCAGAGCCCCCCAACGUUAAAGAGGAACAGGAGGAUCCAGAGCCCCCCAACGUUAAAGAGGAACAGGAGGACCCAGAGCCCCCCAACGUUAAAGAGGAACAGGAGGACCCAGAGCCCCGCCCCACUAAAGAGGAGCAGCUUCAAGGGCUGGAGAAGGCUGACAUGAAGGUCUUAUACACUCCUGUGAAAAGUGAAAAUGAUGUAGAGGAAGCUCUGUCCUCUCACCUUUAUCAGAGACAUACUAAACAGAUGGAUACAGAAGGUGAUGGAGAGGACAGUAGAGUACCAGAACCAGACAGGAACUCUUGUCUAGAUUGUCCCUCAGAACCAGAUAGCAAUGAAAAUACUGAAGACUCUUCUGAGCCUAAGGACAGUGAUGAUCGGAAGGAAACAUUUGGUUGCCUUAAAAAGAUGAAGGGACACAUGAUGACCCACACAUCAGAGAAACCUUUCAGCUGCUCAGAGUGUGGUAAAUGUUUCACUGUAAGUGGAAGUCUUAAGACACACAUGAGAUGUCACACAGGGGAAAAACCUUUCAGCUGCUCAGAGUGUGGUAAAUGUUUCACUGUAAGUGGAAGUCUUAAGAUACACAUGAGAUGUCACACAGGGGAAAAACCUUUUAGCUGCUUAGAGUGUGGUAAAUGUUUCAAUGAGAGAAGAAAGCUGAAGACACACAUGAGAUUUCACACAGGGGAAAAGCCUUACAGCUGUUCAGAGUGUGGUAAAUGUUUCGCUGUAAGCAGAAGUCUGAAGAUACACAUGAGACUUCACACAGGGGAAAAACCUUUUAGCUGCUUAGAGUGUGGUAAAUGUUUCAAUGAGAGAAGAAAGCUGAAGACACACAUGAUGUUUCACACAGGUGAAAAAUCUUUCAGCUGCUCACAGUGUGGUAAAUGUUUCACUGUAAGUGGAAGUCUUAAGACACACAUGAGAUGUCACACAGGGGAAAAGCCUUACAGCUGUUCAGAGUGUGGUAAAUGUUUCCCUGUAAGUGGACGUCUUAAGAUACACAUGAGAUGUCACACAGGGGAGAAACCUUUUAGCUGCUCACAGUGUGGUAAAUGUUUCUCUGACAGUGGAAGUCUGAAGAUACACAUGAGAUGUCACACAGGGGAAAAACCCUUUAGCUGCUCACAGUGUGGUAAAUGUUUCGCUGAUAGUGGAAGUCUUAAGACACACAUGAGAUGGCACACAGGGGAGAAACCUUUCAGCUGCUUAGAGUGUGGUAAAUGUUUCACUGUAAGUGGAAGUCUUAAGACACACAUGAGAUGUCACACAGGGGAAAAACCUUUCAGAUGCUCAGAGUGUGGUAAAUGUUUCCCCGUAAGUGGACGUCUUAAGACACACAUGAGACGUCACACAGGGGAAAAACCUUUCAGCUGCUCAGAGUGUGGUAAAUGUUUCGAUGAGAGAAGAAAGCUGAAGACCCACAUGAGAUGUCACACAGGGGAAAAACCUUUCAGCUGCUCACAGUGUGGUAAAUGUUUCACUGAAAAUGGAAGUCUAAAGACACACAUGAGAUGUCACACAGGGGAAAAACCUUUCAGCUGCUCACAGUGUGGUAAAUGUUUCCCCCUAAGUAUAAGUCUUAAGAUGCACAUGAUAUGUCACACAGGGGAAAAACCUUUCAGUUGCUCAGAGUGUGGUAAAUAUUUUAAUAUAAAAGGACAUCUCAAUAGACACAUGAGAUGUCACACAGGGGAAAAACCUUUCAGUUGCUCAGAGUGUGGUAAAUGUUUUACUGUAAAAUGGCAUCUGAAAAAACACAUGAGAUGUCACACAGGGGAGAAACCUUUGAGCUGCUUAGUGAGGUAAAUGUUUCACUGUAAAAGGACAUCUGAAGCCACACAUGAGAUGUCACACAGGAGAAAAACCUGUGCUCACAUUACAUGUUAUUUAGCUGACGCUUUUAUCUAAAAGACUUACAUUGCAUUAUAACCCGUGCAUUACAUUUUUGCCUGGGGAGCAAUUAGGGGUUAGGUGUCUUGCUCAGGGACACUUCGACAUGGCACAUGCGGCAGCCAGGAUUUGAACCACCAACCUUGCGGCCCCCAGCGCACUGCACAGUGUAGUAAAUGUUUUACUGCAUUUGGAAGUCUGAAGAGACACAUGCUGUAUCACACAGGGGAGAGACCUUUCAGCUGCUCACAUUGUGGUAAAUGUCUCGCUGUAAGCAGAAGUCUGAAGACACACAUGAGAUUUUACGCAGGGAAAAAAACUAAUUUGCUCAAAAUGUGAUAAAUGUUUCACUCUAGCAGCUCUCCAGUUUGGUUUCUGAAGUGGUAACAGCAUGAAGUUGGGCCCUACUGUAUCUAGCUAAUGCAGCUCAACCUCCUCCAUUGGCUCUUGUUGCUUGUCUCUAAAGCCCCUUUGUCACGCAGCAAAUGUCCCGGAAACCAGAACUAUCUUUCUUGAUUGCCUGUUCAGGCCUCAGUAAGGGGCCUCUGUUCGUUUUUUUUCAGACCAGCUGCCACAACAUGAGUUUACAUCUUUGUCGUUCCCCCUGAGGUUUCCUUUUUUCCUCCUUUUUUGGGGGGGAAUCUUUUCAUCUGCCAAUGUGAGGGUUUUGGGACAGAGGAUGUUGCAUGAUUACAUACCGUGAAGCCCUCUGAGGCUAGUAUGUGAUUUUGGACUUUCAAAUUAGUUGAAGUCUCUUCAGGCAGAUGUUUAGUAAAUUGAUAUUCUGAGAACACAACUCCAAAGAUACUUACAUCCUUCCAAUGAAUAACCUUGUUACGUUGCCUACUUUAAAAUUGUAAUGUCCAUUUGUGUUACUCCAGGCUCUCCUAUUACCUGCAUUGAUUAUUGGUGACCGUCUCAAUUCUGUUGUUUUGCAUGUUACUUUACUUUCACUUUGUUUUCCCUUUUUUUUCAGGAAAUGUGUUUUUGGGAUUUAGAUUAGAUGUUUUACUGGUUAUUUUGAUACUCAUUGUCUGUUCAUCUUCAUUUUGAGCUGAGUACAUAUUUGAUUGUCAAAAUAAUGUAUCUGUGUAUUUAAAAACAAAACAAGAAUGAAAUCCUACUGUCAUUUCACAUUGCUGAGCGAGAAGAGGUGCUGAAAAUGAUUUGAAGGCAAUACAUUUUAAUUUUUUUGCAUAAGUGAAUAAAUGUUGAAAAAUCAAUUGAGCUUUGUCUAUUUUCCAUUUUCAACCCACAUAUUGCAUAUGGAAAAGAAUAAAUUAAAACCAGCAUAAACUUAAUUACCUAAAAUAAUUUAGCGUUUUUAUUUUGUAAGUUACCCCACCAUGCAUGAUGCAGCAGAACCCACAACAAGGUGGAAAUGCUGUACUAAUUUACAGGGACAC